CACCAUCUGCAUCUUCAUCUCUACCACUCACUUCCUCAACUCUUAAUUGAGCCAGUCCAGUUUCUCUCCAGCCAUCAUGAAGCUCACCGCCCUCUUCUCCGGCGCCAUCGUCGCCAUCCUCUGCAACUCCGCCGUCGCCAUCCCGGCUGCUGCCCCCAACGGCCUUGCCGCCCGUGAAGACGACAUGUACUGCGACGGCUGCGGAAACAUCAAGCGCGAGCCCGAGCCCGUCGUCGAGAUCAAGCGUGAAGAUGACAUGUACUGCGACGGCUGCGGAAACAUCAAGCGCGAGCCCGAGCCCGUCGUCGAGAUCAAGCGUGAGGAGGACACCGACUGCGGUGCGGCUUGCUAAGUCAUCAACAUUCGGAUAAAGCGGAUAUGUGCUGAUGAAAUGAAAGAGGUGGAG